UUUUUUUUUUUCUUGUUCCAAAUUGAUUCAUGACACUUCUAACUCAUUUUACCCUUCUUUCUUUUCGAUCUAUACCGAAGUUUACUUGUACUCGUUAUUAUUCUUCUACAACAACACGACCUCUACGUAUUUUAUUUUUUGGUACCGAUGAUUUUGCCUCUACUCACUUGAAAGCUUUGAUCAAAGAAAAAAAUCAUAAGAAUAGUUGUAUUGCUUCUUUAGAUCUUGUUUGUCCUCCUGAUAGUCGAACUGGUAGAAAAUUAAAUACAUUGACUCCAAGUGCCACUAAAGGUUUAGCAGAACUUUAUAAUAUUCCUGUACAGCAUACACCUGCCAAAGCAGAAUCACUUGACAAUUGGAAUAUAGAAAACAAGAAUAAUAUUCCUUAUGAUUUAGGUGUAGUCGUUUCUUUUGGUUAUUUUAUUCCUCCUCAUAUCAUUGACUCAUUUCGUUAUGGUGCUAUCAAUGUACAUCCUUCAUUAUUACCUAAAUUUAGAGGUGCUGCUCCUAUUCAACAUACCAUUUUACAAGGUGAAAAUGAAACUGGUGUUACAGUACAAGAAUUAGAUGACAAGGAAUUUGAUGCUGGUCGUAUUUUGGCUCAAACCAAAGUUGAUCUUUCUACUGAUCAUGCUCCAACUUAUAAGGAUCUUUCCCUAUUUUUGGCCAAUGUGGGUAGUGAUUUGUUAUUGGAUACUCUUCGGAAUUUUGAAGAUCGAAAGAAAAAUGCAAAAACUCAAGAUAUCUCUCAAGCAACCAAGGCACCCAAAAUAAAGAAAGAAUGGGCAAAUAUUGAUUUUGAUUUAAUGGCUUCAUGGCAAAUUGAACAAUUACAUCGUGCUAUUGGUGAACAGUAUCCUCUUCGUGUUACAUUUACAUUCUCAAGAAUUAAACGAUCACUUAAAGUCAAGCAAAAUAUUACUACAUUACAAUUAUCUCAUAUUCAUCUUCCAUUAGAUUCUCCCUUCUACGAUGAUCAUCAUUCCACUUUUCCCCCAGGUACGUUCAUGCUGGACAAACGAACAAAGACACUUCAUAUUAUGUGUGCUGAUGGACAGGUCAUUGGUGUCACUCAUCUCAAAGCUGAAAACAAAAAUGCUAUUACUGCCAAAGAUUUUAUCAAUGGAUAUGAAAUUCGACAUACAGGACAAUUCAACAUCAAUGUCGAUCCAUCCACUGUGAAACCAGGUCAAAGUGGGGUUAGAAUCACCAAGAGACGCGAAUUUUACGAAAAGACUAUUCGAAAACGAUUGGGUAUACGUAAGGAAGUCUACAACAAAAUUUACAAGGCAUAGGGAUUAUCGUUGGUUACAUAUACAUAUAUUGUACAUAAAUACAUAGAUAGAUAGAUCGUAUAGUUUAGUAUAUUUGAUCAUGAUGGUAUCAAUAAAAAUCGGC